AUGGGGGUAUACAAAUUUCCCUCUUCUGUGAUACAUGAUAUUGGUUCGGCCAUGGCCCGUUUUUUCUGGGGGCAAACAGGAUCGCAAAGAAAGGUGCACUGGAGGAGUUGGGACGCAAUGUGCAGCCCAAAAUGUGUUGGGGGGAUGGGUUUCAAAGACAUGGCAGUGUUUAAUGACGCACUCUUGGGUCGACAAGCGUGGAGGCUAGUCCACAAGGAGGGCUCGUUGCUAGAAAGGGUUGUGAAAGCAAAGUACUAUCCUAAUACCACCUUCCUCGAUGCUUAUUUGGGUUACGGUGGAAGUUACUCGUGGCGUAGUGUGUGGAGCUCAAAAGCCCUACUCAAAGAGGGGCUCAUCUGGCGCAUUGGCAAGGGGUCGAGGGUGAAUGUAUGGACGGAUCCUUGGGUAGCGGAUGGAGAAGGUAGCAUGAUUACCACCAGCGAAGUUGAGGGCAUUACCAAUGUGUGCGAGUUAAUGGAUACAACAACCUUAGAGUGGGACACAGAUUUGAUCUCAAGCAUUUUUAACGAGCGGGACCAGAAGUGCAUCCUCACGAUUCCUUUAAGCUGGAGGGCACCGAGUGAUAUUCUCACUUGGGCAUACUCGAACAAUGGGUUAUACUCUACAAAAACAGCUUACAUGAUUGGUAAAGGCUGCAACCUUGAUGCUAUACACACUGCUUGGGCCGAAAUUUGGGGUAUGGAGGCAUCGCCUAAGUCCCGCCAUAUGCUAGAAGCGGCGGACUGCCCAUGGUAUGGGAAUGCGGACGAGUCGAGCACUCAUGCUCUUUUCCAUUGCAUUAGAGUACAGGAGCUAUGGGAGGACAGUGGGUGUGCAGAGUUUAUGAGUUCGCACGGAGAGGAGAUGAUUGAGCUGAUGGUGAGAUGGAAGGCGAUCGAGGCAAAGAAAAGGCAGAAAGCGGUGUACCUUGCUUGGGUAAUCUGGACAGAACGAAAUCUCAAAGUGUUUGAAAAUAAAUCAACACCAAACAAUGUCCUGUUGGCACGAGUUGAUAGGUUGGUGGAGGAGUUUGGUAGGUAUGGGAAGAGUAUUUAUAGAAGAUCCCCAGCAGCUCACCGACGCAGUGGGAGUGUGUGGACUGCGCCUCCGCGUGGACUGAUUAAGGUGAAUGUGGAUGCUUAUUUAACAACAGAGGGGUGGGUGGGUAUGGGGGCUGUAGCGAGGGAUAAUGAGGGCAAGGUACUCUUUGCAGCAACUCGGCGAGUUCGAGCAUGGUGGCCUGUGGAGGUGGCCGAAGGAAAGGCUCUCAUUAUGGGGAUAAAACUGGCGAAGAGGUUUGGAUAUGGCGAGGUGAUGAUAGAAGCAGAUUGUGAAGUAUUGAUAAAUCGGAUCUCCCAAGCAGUGGUCUUUUACUCAGAUUUUGAUAGUGUCCUUGAAGAUAUACUGUCCUUAAGCUGUUCUUUUAAUUCUUGUUUUUGGUCUCAUAUUAAAAGGGGUGGGAAUGUCGUAGCCCACCACCUAGCUAAGCUGAUGCCGUUUGGUGUGGAACAAGUAUGGGUUAAUCAUUGCCCUACGGAAGUUGCACCUUAUGUACUCUCGGACAUUUUGUCCCUAAAUUAA